UUGUACUUGUGGUCACACUAGUCCGAGCUAAUGUUGUGCUAAAGUACUAUUUAAGACAGUUAAAUUUCAUUUAAAAUUCUUAAAAUACGUGUAAAAACGGCAUCGAAUUGACGCACCUAAAAUGGCAACUCGCGGCGGUCCAAUGGUCGCGGGCACCGACGGCAAUGACUUCGAAUUCAGACAAAAAGUGGCAAACACAUAUCAAAUUAGCUUGUUGAACAAAUCACGCCUGAAGUACUGCAUUUUCUUUCAUGCCCUGCUCUUUUUUGUCAUGCUGGCCAAGCUGACGUCGGACAUAUUGGAUCGCUUGGAUAUAUUUGUGCUAGAAAUUGAAGAGUUAGAGGUGCCUCCGCCACUGUGGUGGGAAUACGUAUGGGCUGCCUCGUUGCUCACCUCAUUUCUCGGCCUGUCAGCGGCACGUGGCAACAAGGUGCGCGAUAUGCAAAAAUAUAUGAUUGCCAUUUUGACGCUGGCCAUGCUCCCGCUGCUUUAUUGCUUUGGCUACUACUUUGCCGACGUUUGGGAAUUCAUUACCAUGGACAAGUCCGUGGAUUUGGAUGAGACAGACAUUUUUGUCUGGCACGGAUUCCCAUAUGGAGUGUUCUGGUAUGCCUUCUGCUUUAUAGGCUUCCAGAUACAUGGAUUUACCCUGUACUUUGCCUACAAUCUAGUCAAGGCCUGGAAGGCUCGCACCUCCACGCGUAAAUUUCAAUAAAUAGAUUGAAUCGUGGAAGUAGUACUAAAAUACUCGCCAAAUUAGUAAAAACAGAAAACGUCAGAGCAAGAAGCUGUAGGGCUAGUUGUAAAUAACUUGGAAAAAAACAAAUUAUUAAAAACUUUAACUCUCUAGUGCACAUUGCAACCGAAAUAAAAUAAAAUAACAGCUGUUAGAUACACGCACACAUUUUUAGUAAAAU